AUGCCUAUUAGCUCAAAAGAUGUACCCAGUCUGCCAGAGAGGGGAUGCACUGAAGCUCCAUCCGAUACAUUUGAUCAUCAGAGAUUUGAUGAAAUGCUUGUCCACUUGACACCGCUUGGCUGCACUAUUCCCUAUAAUGUAGCAUAUGAUGGAAAUGGGGACAUCUGGGUGGCUGGUAAAGGAGGCUUGUUCAAGAUUUGCGGUCAACGAAAUUUUCUGCUUUGGUCGGCGAAGAAUGAUUUCCCGAAAAAACAGGCAGCUUAUCCACAAGUUGUCGUUUACAAGGAUACGAUCAUUCAUACAACUGCUGAUGACAAUGAAAAAAUUACUGAAAUGCGCUUUUUCGAGUAUGAUGGAACAAAAAAGCAUGAGCAAUUCAUUGAUGGUCUUAUUCAGAGUCUCGUCGUAUCUGAAAGUGGAAUCAUGUACAUUACAAAACAAUUAAAAUUGCAUGGAGAGAGCUCAAUUAUCUACAAAACAUCGAUCGAAACCCCAUUAGGAUGGGAGGAGUUGUGCAGUGAUGACGAUCUGGCAUUUCAGGCACUUUGCAGCUUCGAUGAUUCGUUAUUGAUCAGUGCUUGUGCGAAGAUGCCUGUGAACAUGUACAGCAAGCAAUGUUUGAAAUGGAUUGAUGCAAAUACGGGUGAAACGAUAAAACGAGUUUCGGUGGAAGGGAGGAAACCAGGAGAGAUUUUCUUUCCUCGAAAAAUUCAUAGGCUGGCUGAAGAUAUUGUACUUAUGGACAAAACGGGUCGCUUUUUAAAGUUCGACAAAACUGGAGAGUACAUAGGAGUUGUUGCUGAAAUUGAUGCAUAUCUGGCAAACGGUUUCUGCAUUCAGGGAAAUGAGGCCACAAUUGCGUGUAGUGGAAUCGUGCAAAAUGAUGACAAGAGAAGUCUUUGCGAUGAUUGGUUAGAGAAUAUACGAUUGGAUGGAUCAUCGUGGAAACAACAAAGAGAGAAAUUGGCUCAA